GGCGUCUGGGCUCCUUUUUCAAAUUGAGGCGCCGAGUCGUUGCUCGGUUUCCGAGGCUUCGGGCGGAGACGAUAUUGGUGAUUCCGAGGCUCCCGCUAGUGCGGGACAGACGCCUCGGUCAGUCAGAUCCGCUGGUGGAGAGCGGAGACAUCGAACUGCUUGCGUGGCUUCCCCCGGCCGCGCCAGUACCCGGCGGGGGACGUGGGCACCCGGGCCGCGCCGUCCGCAGGUCCUCCGCGCCCCACAGCGCCGGAGUCCGCAGCCAGGCCUUGACCUUCGCGCGGGGAUCGUCAUGGCGUCCCAGCCGAAUUCCUCCGCGAAGAAGAAAGAGGAGAAGGGAAAGAACAUCCAGGUGGUGGUGAGAUGCAGACCAUUUAAUUUGGCAGAACGAAAAGCUAAUGCUCAUUCUGUAGUAGAAUGUGAUCAUGUACGAAAAGAAGUUAGUGUACGAACUGGAGGAUUGGCUGACAAGAGCUCGAGGAAAACAUAUACCUUUGAUAUGGUUUUUGGAGCUUCUACUAAACAAAUUGAUGUUUACCGAAGUGUUGUUUGUCCAAUUCUGGAUGAAGUUAUUAUGGGUUAUAAUUGCACUAUCUUUGCAUAUGGCCAAACUGGCACUGGAAAAACCUUUACAAUGGAAGGUGAGAGGUCACCUAAUGAAGAGUACACUUGGGAGGAGGAUCCCUUGGCUGGUAUAAUUCCACGUACUCUUCAUCAAAUUUUUGAGAAACUCACUGAUAAUGGUACUGAAUUUUCAGUCAAAGUGUCUCUGUUGGAAAUCUAUAAUGAAGAACUUUUUGAUCUCCUUAAUCCAUCUUCUGAUGUUUCCGAGAGACUACAGAUGUUUGAUGAUCCCCGUAAUAAGAGGGGCGUGAUAAUCAAAGGUUUAGAAGAAAUUACAGUACACAACAAGGAUGAAGUCUAUCAGAUUUUGGAAAAGGGGGCAGCAAAACGGACAACUGCGGCAACUCUGAUGAAUGCAUACUCCAGUCGUUCCCACUCAGUUUUCUCUGUUACAAUACAUAUGAAAGAAACUACAAUUGAUGGAGAGGAGCUUGUUAAAAUUGGAAAGUUGAACUUGGUUGAUCUUGCAGGAAGUGAGAACAUUGGCCGUUCUGGAGCAGUUGACAAGAGAGCUCGGGAAGCUGGAAAUAUCAAUCAAUCCCUUUUGACUUUGGGAAGGGUUAUUACUGCUCUUGUAGAAAGAACACCUCAUGUUCCUUAUCGAGAGUCUAAACUAACUAGAAUCCUCCAGGAUUCUCUUGGGGGACGUACAAGAACAUCUAUAAUUGCAACAAUUUCUCCUGCAUCUCUCAAUCUUGAGGAAACACUGAGUACAUUGGAAUAUGCUCAUAGAGCAAAGAAUAUACUAAAUAAGCCUGAAGUUAACCAGAAACUCACCAAAAGAGCUCUUAUUAAGGAAUAUACAGAAGAGAUAGAGCGACUGAAACGGGAUCUUGCUGCAGCCCGUGAGAAAAAUGGGGUAUACAUUUCUGAAGAAAAUUUUAGAGCCAUGAGUGGAAAACUAACUGUUCAAGAGGAACAGAUUGUAGAAUUGAUUGAAAAAAUUGGUGCCGUUGAGGAGGAGCUAAGUAGGGUUACAGAGUUGUUUAUGGACAACAAAAAUGAACUUGACCAGUGUAAAUCUGACCUGCAAAAUAAGACACAGGAACUUGAAACCACUCAGAAACAUUUACAAGAAACUAAAUUACAACUUGUUGAAGAAGAGUAUAUUACAUCAGCUUUGGAAAGUACUGAGGAGAAACUUCAUGAUGCUGCCAGCAGGUUGCUUACCACAGUUGAAGAAACUACAAAAGAUGUAUCUGGUCUCCAUUCCAAACUGGAUCGUAAGAAGGCAAUUGAUCAGCACAACGCAGAAGCUCAGGAUAUUUUUGGCAAAAACCUGAAUAGUCUGUUUAGUAGAAUGGAAGAAUUAAUUAAGGAUAGCAGCUCAAAACAAAAGGCCAUGCUAGAGGCUCACAAGACUUUGUUUGGUAACCUGCUGUCUUCCAGUGUCUCUGCAUUAGACACAAUUACUACAACAGCACUUGGAUCUCUCACAUCUGUUCCAGAAAAUGUGUCUAUACGUGUUUCUCAGAUAUCUAAUAUGAUAUUUAAAGAACAAUCAUUAGCUGCAGAAAGUAAAACUGUACUUCAGACAUUGAUUGAUGUACUUAAGACUGACCUUCUAACUUCACUGGAAACAGUUUUAUCCCCCACAAUGGUGUCUAUACUGAAAAUCAACAGUCAACUAAAGCAUAUUUUCAAGACUUCAUUGACAGUGGCUAGUAAGAUAGAAGAUCAGAAAAAGGAAAUGGAUGGCUUUCUCAGUACACUGUGUAACAAUCUACACGAACUACAAGAAAAUACACUUUCUUCCUUGGCUGAAUCACAGAAGCUAUGUGAAAACUUAACUGAAGACCUGAAGACAAUAAAAAAAAUCCAUUCACAGGAACUUUGCCAGUUAAUCAAUCUUUGGGCAGAGAGAUUCUGUGCCUUGGAAGAAAAGUGUGAAAACAUCCAGAAACCACUUAGUAACGUCCAAGGAAAUACAGAACAGAAAUCUAAGGAUAUUAUCAGCAAAACAACCUCUUUCAGUACACAAUUUUGUGCUGAUUGUGAUGGCUUAUCACAGGAACUCAGACACUUUAACCAAGAAGGUACAAAAUUGGUUGAAGGGUCUGUGAAACAUUGUGAUAAACUCAGCAGCAACUUUGAAGUAGUAUCUCGAGAGACCGAACAGAGAUGUGAGGCCCUGAACGCAAGCACGCUUUCUUUUUCUGAACAGUGGAUAUCUUGCUUAAAUAAAAGGGAAGAAGAACUUCAGAACUUAUUGGAGGUUGUAAACCAAGGUUGUGAGGCUGCAAGUUCAGAGAUUACUGAAAAAUUAAAUGGACAUAAAGCAACUAAUGAGAACCAGCGUAACAUUUUUUUUGGUCAGAUAACUACUGAUGAAGGAAAGUUAAUGGCACAAAGUCUACAACUUAAUGAAACCAUAAAAAUUGGUUUGACUAAGCUUAAUUGCUUUCUACAACAGGAUCUGAAACUGGAUAUCCCAACAGGUACGACACCACAGAGGAAGAAUUACUUCUACCCGUCAACAUUGGUGAGAACCGAACCACGUGAACAGCUCCUUGAUCAGUUGAAAAGGAAGCAGCCUGAACUGUUAAUGAUGCUAAACUGUUCGGAAAACAAGGAAGACAUCAGUCAGGACCUGGAUGAAGAAAAGUCAGUUCUUGGGCGCUCUCUUGAAGAACCUCCAAGCCAGGAGCCAGCUGUGGAUGCUAGUGUGGAUUGUUCAUCAGGUGGUGGGGUUCCGUUUUUCCAGCAUAAAAAAUCACAUGGAAAAGACAAAGAAAACAGAGGCAUUAAUUCAGUGGAGAGGUCUAAAGUGGAAGAAACUACAGAGCAUUCUGUUACAAGGAGCAGACUACCUCUACGAGCCCAGAUAAAUCUUUAGUUAACUUGAGGAUUGGUGAUUCCAUUUUUAAGAAAAACGAAAAAUUAAACCUAUAACUUCAGGACUUGAGCCUUAUGUAUAGUGAAAAACUAACAGAGAAUAUCAAGGCAAUACUGUAAAUUUAGUUGGAUUUAAUAUGUCUACUCAUUUUUCUGUCAUCCCUGUAGUUCACUGUGUAUUAAGUUGGGUUUUAUUUGGGACUUGCAUUGAGUAAAUAUGUAUUUUUAGCUUUUGAUAUAAAAUAGCCCUUUCCUACAAAAUGAAAAAUAUUUUUCUCAAAAAAAAAGAAAAAUAAUAAAAAAAGGAGAAAUAUUUUUCUUAUAUAUCACGAGGCAGCACAUAUAUAGAAGUCGCACUGUUCUUCUAUGCUUUAACUUACAUAGGCAAAUAUUGCCAACUCAGUCUUGGGAAGGACCAUCUCUGUACUUUUCUUGCUAUGAUUGAAUUAUGUCUGUAUCUGCUUACCUCCUUCCCUAGACUUUUCCAUUCUGCAUUCUCAGCUCACUUUCUCCUUUUUCAUUUGUGACCAAACCAUUUGUAGAGCUACAAAAUGGUAUCCAUUUUUAUGAGAUAAAGUGAAUUUUACCUAGAAGUCUUUAACACUUUCUGUGGUUCUAAAGUUACUGUCAACAAUAAACAACUCUAGAAGUAGUCCUUCCUUCAGUAUUUUUAGUUUGUUUCCCCCUAGAUGUAAAAGCAUUCCUUUAUAACACAUUAGCCCCCACAGAGUUUGUAAAAAGCCAGCUUCUCUAGCUUAUAGAUUACUCUUAUGGGAGAACCACCAAGAACUCUGAUUAAUGGCUCUGAGGCCUAUAUGUUGUGCGGAAGGUCCCAGUGAUUUAAGGGCUUUUUGAAACUAAUUAUGACUAUAAUUUAUAUCCUUUUGCUUACCUGAUGAAACUUUUUUCUUUGUAUAUAAUAAAAUAUGAGUAUGUAUAUUUUUCUUUAGUGAAAUCCUAACCCUUAGAAGGGUCCUGACAAUUUUGAUCUAGCAGCCAAAUUUCUGGAAGCUGAGACUUUUCAGCAUGAAGAGCAAGUACACUUAGAAGGGAUAUAGGCAAAGAAAAAAUUUUGUGCCUACAUCAAGUUAAGUGUAUAAAUUUAGAGAGAUUUGACUGCGGUAGCUAAGUAAAGCCAAACCUAAUUGGAGAAUUAGAAAACGUGCUACUUCAAGGAACUAAAUUUACCUUGCAGAGUAUUAAUUACCUUAAUAAAAAUGAUACAAUUAUCUGCAAAAUCAGAUGUCAACACAAGCUAUGGUUAAUAUCUAACAAAAGAAACUGCCCUCAGUAACUCCAUUAAUAAAUUUUUUGUAUAUUAA